AUGACGCCCCGCAAGGCGGUGCGCUCACCGCCCCGAACUGCCCAACGAACAAGCAGAUUCAACCUCGAAAUCAUACCUCCAGCAACAGAUCAAUUCAUCGACGCGACAGCCCCGAUUCCCCGCCUCUCCAUCCGCCACAACAUGGACCGCAUCGUACUCCCCCCGCCGACGAACCGCAAGCGCGUGCUGCCCCAGGGCGAGCUGGAGGCAGCCUCGACGCUGAGACUUGGCGCGGACCAGCAUACACAUACCCUCUCGCUGUCCGAGGCACGACUCGUCAUCCACAAGGUUUUGGAGAAUAAGCGGCGCGGUGGGAAUAAAUAUGAAGAGCCUGAAACCCUCGAUAAAACACUCGUAUACCUGGAUGUGUUUGCGCGGUUCAAGGACGAGGAGAAUAUCAAGGCGGUGGAGCGACUAUUGAACUCGCACACGGAAUUGGAGAUGUUUGAGCGAUCACAGUUGGGCAGUUUGUGCUGUGAUAAUGCGGAGGAGGCCAAGUCUCUGAUCCCCAGUCUACAGAAUAAGAUUGGGGAUGGGGAUCUGCAGGAAUUGCUGGACGAGCUGACCAAGCUGCGUAAUUUUACGGAGUGA